AUGUGUAAUGUUAUACAAGUAAUAUCUGAUAAUGAUCACACUGACCGACAUCCGCUAGUCGAGCGUGCGAUCAACCAGCCGUUUACGACGCCCCGACACUGCACGCAGACGCAACUGGAGCAAAACGUCGUCGUAUCAUUAACGCGUUUAGCUAUAUUGCAGCAACACCUCGGUACAAACAGAUACCGAGUCUACACUCAACAUGUUUACAGAUAUAAAGAUAUCAAGGAUAACAAUCAAAUAUCGUGCCUCCUCGCCUUGACGGCGUCUGUCGCGGCUGACGGACUAUUAGGAGGGGGUCUAGUAUAUGCGCCAGGACAUGCCUCAGUAGAUUAUUAUGCCUAUCCCAGAUAUGCCUUCGAGUAUGCAGUAAAAGAUCCUCACACGGGAGACAACAAGGCGCAAUGGGAAAAACGAGACGGCGACGUAGUUAAAGGGGCUUACUCACUAGUGGAGCCAGACGGCAGCUUACGUAUUGUAGAAUACUGGGCCGACGCAAAAUCAGGUUUUAACGCUGUAGUGAAGCGUUUGGGACCGAACUUGCACCCAGUGUCAGUACCUGCGUCCAUCUACAAGGCGCCGAUCCCAGUGCUGGGACAUGCGUCUGGAAUUGCACCCAUCUCCGUGGGACCAAUCGGUAAAUUUGGAGGUCUAGCAGGAGCUCCUCUGAUAUCAGGACCUAUUGUGGGAGGAGCCAUAUCUACGGCGAACCUUGUGAAGACCGCGGUGCCGAUAGCGCCCAUCGCACCUGUUGCUCCCAUCGCGCCAAUAAUCAAAACUCCUAUAGCGCCAAUUGCACCAAUCGCGCCAAUUGCACCUCUCCCAUCUUACGGGCCGCUUGUGAAGCCCGUUGCUCCCAUAGCACCACUACUGCCAUCAUACGCUGGCCUCCCUGGUCCCAUUUACAAGUCUGGACCAAUAUUGACAGGAGGUUUGGGAGGCUACCCAGCACCAUUGCCGCUGUUGAAAGGUGAUGCUUUAGGAUAUGGUGGAUACGCAGGAAUUAAGGAUAUUGGACUUGGAUAUGGAGGUUACGCUGGAUUGAAGGGCGAUGGUCUGCUAUUAGGCGGUUAUGGAGGAAUCAAGGAUGGAUUAGCUGGAUAUGGUGGGUACAGCGGACUGGGCGCCAGUUACGCCAAAGCUCCCCUCAGUGGCCAUGGAUUGUUAGGUGACGGACUACUGAACACUUGGGGCGCGGCACCUUACUACGGCAAGCAUUAG